AUGGUUGGAGAUUUUUAUGUAUCUAGAUUUGACCGAGACAUCAUUGUUGAAACAAAAUCCGGACAACUACAAAGGAUAAAGGAGUUGAAUGCCGCCUAUCUAGAUCUUCAGCAUCCUUUAUUGUUUCCAUUUGGUGAAGAUGGUUAUAGGGAAGACAUUCCUUUAAAUGGAAAUGAUGAAUCAAGUGGAGAAAGGCAUUUUGUUAGCAUGCGUGAAUAUUUCGCAUACAAAGUUCAAGAAAGGAAUGGUGAAGUACCAACAAUUGUGAACUCAAGAAGAUUAUUUCAACAAUUCUUGGUCGAUGGAUUUACAAUGGUUGAAUCGUCUAGGUUGAAGUAUAUCAAAACUCAUCAAAAACAAAUGCGAGCUCAUAUGUAUAAAGGAUUAGAAGAUGCAGUUUUACAUGGAGAGAUAAAUCCUUCUUCUCAAG